UGUUCCUUCUUUUGUGAGAGUUAUUUUGCCAACCGAUGUUUGAAGUUCUCUUCACCAGUCUUGCGUGAAUUUUCCGUUGGUGACAUACAUUCUGUUUUGAACCUAAUCAUUUUAUUAAUUAGUGAUGGAGACGGCCAGUGGUUCUGGGACCAUGUCACUGAGACAGGUAGACCAGGAAAAAUUGUUUAUUACCACCUACGAAAUUAUGACCGAUGAAGAAUUUACUGAGUUCACUAACAACCGUAAAGCAUUCAACCAGAAUAUUUUGACUGGAAAAGCAACACAAGAGGAAUUAUUAGUGCAAAUAACACUAGAAUCGAUUAUUCUAAAUACUUGUGAACAGAAAAUUGAACGAAUAAAGCAGGAAUCUUACAUUGGGAGUUUUCACUCGGAAAUUGAAACUAUUUUAUCCAAUCGGAUAAAUGAUAUGUACAUUUUACUAUUUAAGACUUUCAAAUAUGAUGUGAAUUCGGUUUCAAAAUAUAUUCAAUUUUGUUUGGAAAAUCAAAAGUUAACUACUAACUACAAAACUGUAUUGGAUGGUAUAAUGGAUUCAUUUCAUAGUGAUCCAGACAUGUACAUAACCGGCGCACAUCAUGCUUUUAAUGAUUGUAACGAUAUAGAAUCGGCCAGGCGAUAUAUUUCAAUUGGAAUAAAAUUUCAUGAAGAUUUCAAAAAAUUGUAUGUUGAAGAAUUUUGGAUAGAAGUUAAGAAUUUAAACCAAACUGGAGACACAUCUCUACAAACAGCUUUAAAAAAAUAUAACUAUAUCAUUCAGCACUUCAAAGAUGACAUAAAUUUACAUUUUGAUUUGGUGGACAUAGUUUUGGAUGAACACAUAAAAAUGACACAAUUACAGUGCACCGUAAUAAGGGAUAUGGUGAAUAAAUACAGAAUAAAUGAGCUUAUGUGGCAAAAAUUAGCAAAAAUUCAUUUAAAUGGUUUUGUUUACAACUACGAUACAGAAGUUUUACACAAAAUUCAGAACAUAAAACAAUGUAUUUCUAUAAGGAAUUGUUUUAAUACCUAUGAUAAAGCCUUAAAAGAGGGCUUAUCUCUUGAAAACCAACGAAAUCUUUGGGAUUAUUUUUUGGACGAUAUCAUAGAUAUACAUAGUUCAAUUGAUCAGGACGAUGAAGUCAAUAAAGACUUUAUAAAUACAAUUAUUAAUCAAACUUUUACUAAGGCAUAUUCCACUAAUAUUAUGAAACAGCCUAGACAUUUUAUUUUUUGGGCCGUACGUCAUGAUGACGAAGACGCCCUGGUAGAGGUAUUGAGAAAAGGGCUCACAAUUUCAAGCGAAAGCUUUGAGCUGUGGAAAAAGUUGUUUGAAUUUUAUCUAAACCGUGAUUUGUUUAAAAAUGCAAUGGCUGUUUUGUUUGAAGCUGUUGAAACUAUUAAAGACAAAUCUUUGCCUUUAUGGUCAACUAUGGAGAUAUACGUUUUAAGCACCGAAGAGGAAAUGAUCGAAGAAUUUUACAAACAAUGCACAGUAAAUGUGAUCGAAGAAAAAAUUAAUUCAAGAUUUAGGCCCGAAUAUUUAGAAUGGUGCGUUCUGACUCAUGAUAUAAUGAGUGGUCGUAAAGUUUUCAGCACCUUAAAAGGCCUAGAACCAAAAUCGCCCUUGUUGUAUAAACGAAUGUUACGAUUUGAAACAUUGAGUAUAAUUUCAAAAGGAAACAGACAUAUUAAGUAUAUGAGAAAAUUAUACAGUGAAGCGUGCAAUUUAUUUGGACACAUGGACGUUGAAUUAUGGUUUGAUUGCAUACGAUUUGAGUAUAUGUACGGAAUCCCAUCAUUAGUAGAUGUGAUUUUUGAAGCAGGAGUAAACCUAUUAGAAAACCCAAGUUGUAAGGAAAAAUUAACAGAGUUGAAAUCCGAACUCGACGAACAAUUUCGAGCAAAUGAAGUGAUAGACAUCGAAGAUGACGAAUGAACUUAUAUCAUCAAUCCAUCUAACUGUAUUUUUUCCAUUUCAAGUAUAAGACCUCAUAGUUUUACAGUAUUUAAUAACCUAGUGUUCUUUAGUAAAAUAUUUUUGUCUAUACCAAAUUGUUGAGCAUAUUUCUAAUUUUUGUAGUAGCUUUAAUUGAUAACAUAAAAACAAUUUAUCUAAAUUCACUUUUUGUGAUGGGUGGGUUAUGAUGUUUUAUUAUUAAUAUUAGUUACGUUGAUCAACAGACGUUUCAGAUACAUUUCCCAAUACCUUAGUUAUUAAAAUUUGCUUACUAACUUCUUAGAAUUUAUUGUAAGAUAAUUUGUAUAACUUAAUAAUAAUACUUUAAAGUACAGGCACUCAUUAUUUGCUAAUUUUUAACACGUCUUAUCAAUAAAAAUUGAUUUGAAGCUAGUUGGAUAAUUGAUGAUGGAAAUGUUUUCAAAAAUGUUUGUACAACAGCCCACAACUCAGAAUAAAGUAUAGGUAUCUGAUAUUGCAGCAAGAACGCUUAAUAUCCAUCCUUUUAUUUUGAUUCCCCAUUCAUAGUUACUUCUAUCAUAAUAGAUAUAGAUAAAAUAGAUCACUCUUAAAUAUUAUUAAUAUUAUUGAGACAACGACCGGAUUGAUUCGACAGACAAUGAAUAAUUAUUCUAAAAUUACAAAAUACACAUGUACAAUAAUUUGUACAUCAUAAUAUGUUGUUGAAAAAAAUUGAAACAGUCACCACCCCCUUUUUUAAUCCAAUGCUUUCCAAUUAAGGUUUAUCUUCCAUUUCUCCUCUGGAUACCUCUAGCUUCCCAGAGAUUAAGGCGAUAUCGCCCACUUCAGGAAACACUGAUUUAACCAAAAAUGAAAUAUCACAUUCUUUUUUAUACCUAUGUGGCUACGUACCUAUUUAUAUUAUAA